UCUCACCCCCUCCCACCACCCUACGCGUGAUGCUCGCAACUCCCCCCUCCCGCAGGGGGAAUUCUCCUCUACCCGGGCCUGACAUCACUCCUCCCUCACCCAACAGCCCACCAAAGCAGAGACGCCGGUUUAGCGACGGCCUUCUCCUCCCGCCAUGUUAGGAGGAGGAGGAGGAGGAGGAGGGGAGGUCGGCGUAACACGGAGCCGCCCCCGCCUGCCCGGGUAGCAGCAGCAGCAGCUCCUCCUCCUCGACGGGCCACUGCAUGGAAAGGCUGGGAGCGAUGAGCGAAACCGCAGCAGCCUUGGAGGCUUCGGCUGACUAGGGGAAAGGCGAGCGAGCGAGGGAGGGCGAAGCUCCCUCCUUUCUCCCUCCCCCUCCUCCUCCUCCUUCCCGUCCCCUCAGCACGAGGGGAGGGGAAGAGCAUGAACGGCUGCCCCGUCCCUGCCCGCCGCGGCGCCGCUUGGGCGAGAACGAGGAGGAGAGGCGGAGGAGGCGGAGGAGGAGGAGCGCGGCGGCCGCCACCAGGACGACGACGACGACAGCCGCCGCCGCCGCCGCCGCCACACAGUCAUGGUGCCCUUCGCGCCGCCGGAGGGCGCGGAGGAGCCUCAGCCUGAGCCCGAAGCGGAGCCCUCCUCCUGCCCUCCUCCGCCCCCGCCUCCUACCGCCGCCGCCGCCGGCCUCAUGGAGAUCUCCGGCGGAGGAGGAGGAGGCGGCGGCAGCAGCAGCAGCCCAGGCGGAGAGCUGAAUGGCAUUAGAGUGGUGGAUGAACCUAUGGAGGAAGGAGAACCAUAUUCCUAUGAAGAUGAAGGAGUUGUGAAAGAGAUACCUAUUACUCAUCAUGUGAAAGAAGGAUGUGAAAAAGCAGAUCCUGCACAAUUUGAAUUACUUAAAGUCCUUGGUCAAGGAUCAUUUGGAAAGGUUUUCCUCGUGAGGAAAAUUUUUGGUCCUGAUGCUGGACAGCUGUAUGCAAUGAAAGUUCUGAAGAAAGCUUCUUUAAAAGUUCGAGAUAGAGUUCGUACAAAGAUGGAGAGAGAUAUAUUAGUAGAAGUAAAUCAUCCGUUUAUUGUCAAACUGCACUAUGCUUUUCAGACUGAAGGGAAGCUAUAUUUAAUAUUGGAUUUUCUCAGGGGAGGAGAUGUGUUCACAAGAUUAUCCAAAGAGGUUAUGUUUACAGAGGAAGAUGUGAAAUUCUACCUCGCAGAACUGGCCCUUGCUUUGGAUCAUCUGCACAGCUUGGGAAUUGUGUACAGGGACCUGAAGCCAGAAAACAUUUUGCUUGAUGAAGCAGGACAUAUCAAGUUAACAGACUUCGGCCUCAGCAAAGAAUCUGUGGAUCAAGAAAAGAAAGCCUAUUCUUUCUGUGGUACUGUAGAGUACAUGGCUCCUGAAGUUGUAAACAGACGAGGCCACAACCAGAGUGCUGAUUGGUGGUCAUUUGGUGUUCUUAUGUUUGAAAUGCUUACUGGUACACUACCAUUUCAAGGUAAAGAUCGAAAUGAAACUAUGAAUAUGAUACUCAAAGCAAAACUAGGCAUGCCACAGUUUCUUAGUACUGAAGCUCAAAGUCUUCUCCGGAUGUUGUUUAAAAGGAACCCUUCAAAUAGGUUAGGAGCUGGUCCUGAUGGGGUUGAAGAAAUCAAGAGACAUCCUUUCUUUUCAACCAUUGAUUGGAAUAAACUAUACAGGAGAGAGAUUCUGCCUCCAUUUAAACCUGCUUCCGGGAGGCCAGAAGACACAUUUUGUUUUGAUCCAGAAUUCACAGCAAAAACACCAAAAGAUUCUCCAGGAGUUCCACCUAGUGCUAAUGCACACCAGCUCUUCAAAGGCUUUAGCUUUGUCGCAACUACGGCCAUAGAAGACCACAAAAUCUCCCCUCUCAACAACAUAUUGCCAAUAGUACAGCAACUUCAUGGGAACAGUGCACUAUUCACAGAUGCUUAUGAACUUAAGGAGGACAUUGGUGUUGGCUCAUAUUCAGUGUGUAAGCGCUGCAUCCACAUGGCUUCAAGCAUGGAGUUUGCUGUGAAGAUAAUUGACAAAAGUAAAAGAGAUCCCUCUGAAGAAAUUGAGAUUCUGAUGCGCUAUGGACAGCAUCCUAACAUUAUCACUUUAAAAGAUGUGUAUGAUGAUGGUAAAUAUAUCUACCUUGUCACUGAAUUAAUGAAGGGAGGUGAACUACUGGAUCGUAUACUCAGACAAAAGUAUUUCUCAGAACGGGAAGCAAGUGCUGUAUUGUUUACGAUCACUAAAACAGUUGACUACCUUCAUUGUCAAGGAGUGGUGCAUCGAGACCUUAAACCCAGUAACAUUUUAUAUAUGGAUGACUCAAAUAAUGCUGACUCCAUCAGGAUCUGUGAUUUUGGUUUUGCAAAGCAACUUCGGGGGGAGAAUGGGCUUCUCUUAACCCCCUGCUACACUGCCAACUUUGUAGCGCCAGAGGUUCUCAUGCGACAGGGAUAUGAUGCUGCUUGUGAUAUCUGGAGCUUGGGUGUCCUUCUUUAUACAAUGUUGGCUGGGUAUACUCCUUUUGCCAAUGGUCCCAAUGAUACCCCUGAGGAAAUCCUGUUACGAAUAGGCAGUGGGAAUUUUUCUUUAAGUGGAGGCAACUGGGACACUGUUUCAGACGCAGCAAAGGAUUUGCUAUCUCAUAUGCUGCAUGUAGAUCCACAUCAGCGAUAUACUGCAGAGCAAGUUCUUAAGCAUUCGUGGAUAGCAUGUAGGGACCAGUUGCCACAUUACCAGCUAAACAGGCAAGAUGCACCUCAUCUAGUAAAGGGUGCCAUGGCUGCCACCUAUUCUGCACUGAAUAACAAGACAUUUCAGCCUGUGUUGGAGCCUGUUGCAGCUUCAAGCUUAGCUCAACGACGGAGCAUGAAAAAGCUAACAUCAACCGACUUAUAGUUCCACCGGGGCACUUAACCAAAGUGGAGCAAGAGAAAAAAUCAAUAAGUGGCUCUGUAUCUGCCUGGCCUGUGAUUUAAAAGGCAUAUACAAGUUCCUCCUACACUACUUGAAUUCUGUUGAAGAAAAAGAAGAUAUCCACAGGUUCAGUGGGAUUCAUCACACAUUUUGCAGGAAGUGUCAGUGAUUCAUUGAAACAAAGCAUCAGGGUACAUCAUAAUGAUCAUGAAGAGUUUUCUGUACACGGUCCUUUUCAAAGAUCUGUUGCAUUAUGUUAAUACUUUUAAAUACUGUAUAGUUUUUCCCAGUUUAUAAAUAAAUGGUUUAGGGGACCAUCAACACUGCUCAAGUUGUAAAUUUAAAAUUGAAAGAAAAUAGUGUUUUUAGUAUUUUUGCUAUCUGGCCCUAUUGUAAAAUAACGAAACAAAAUCAAACUUAUGUGCUCUAGUUUUGUAAAUUGGUCACUUUACCAAUGGACUCCAUUCACUUAACUCAUUGGUACAGCAAGAUAAGUAUAACUGAAAAGGAUGUGCUGGUGCAAAACUCAUGUACGCUAAAAUGGAAGCCCCAAGUAACAGGCAACUGAAGAAAAUGUACAAAGGGAAUCAGCCAUGAACCUGCACUUCAUCAUAGUGUGAAAGCCAUCACUAGAACUGUAGGAUUGGUCAGCCUGGGAGUGCUUUUGUGUAAGACUGCUGUGAGGUGUUGGUGGUUAGAAUGAUAAAGCCUACUAUAUUUUUAACAUACAUGUGACAUCUCCAUCCUCGGAGGCUUUGAAGAAAAGGGUGAGUAGGCAUUUUGGGUAUGCUUUAGGUAUAGAAUAAGACAAUUAGGUAUAGAAUAUCUAGGACUGUGAGGUGAUCUAGAUGAGCCCCCCUCCAACAAUAUUAUCAUUCUGUGAUAAGGGAUUAGGUGUGUUCCAUUGUCAGUACUGUAUACAUUUGCAAAACAUGGGCUGUGCCCUUUCAUUUACUGUAGAAGGGCUGAUAAUUGUUUCUGCACUGAGGUUUUAAAUACAAGCCCUCUAGAGCAAGAACCUAUAGAAUUACCAUUAUUACUCUUGACAGGCAAUUGAAGCUACCUUGAUAGUCCACUGUGUUCUCUUCUUGUUUCCUUCCCUUUCCACCAUUAGAUGUUAUUUCACCAUGAAUUAUAAGAUACUGAUUUUUUAAAUUAAAAAAACCAACAUAUUCACAUUUCAUAAUGUUUUUAAAUUUAUUCAUACUUUCUGUAGGAAAUUAGUACAUUGGUUUUUUUCCAGACCCUUUAUAAACAUUUCAAAGAUGAAUAUCCAUUUUAAGCCUUUUGAAGUCCUGGAUCAGAUCUAAACUUUGAGAUGUGUUCUAAAUAUUUUUUUUAAUCUGUUCUGGAGAAUUUGUCUCAAUGGAAAAAGUAGAGAAAAGUCUGCAAUUUCUUGCUGUUGCGGCCAUAACCAAUCUUAAGCAUAAGGUCAGCAGCUUAACAUGUUAGCCCACAUUGGAUUUACAAACUGGUGUAUGUUACCCCAAAGAUGUGAAUUUUAAAAGAAGCACAUUUCAGUAAGCCUUAGCCUAGACUGUAUAAUGAUCUCACAAUAUUUGGCCACAGAAUAUGCUUCUGAGAUGUUGCAAGAUGAGAUCAGAUGGAACCUUCCGCCAAUAAAAACCCUCAUGUUGAUAAUAUAUCAUCACCUUUUUUAUUGUGAGUUCUUGAAAUAACCACUAAUGCAGUCAGGGAAAAGAAACUCCAUUCCAUGUGACUAAAUAUGAAGAACAUAACUAGUUUUAACUAUUUACAUAUUGUUAAAUAUGCUGGGAGAUCAUAUCAUUUUUGUUGAUGCUUCCGUUGGGAAUAACAGAGCAGCUGGAGCUGAACACCUGAAAUAGAAUACAGUUUCUAAAUUCAAUAAAUCAUUACAAUAAUAUACCCUAGUUUAUGAGCAUAAAAUUAUAUGAGUAAAGAAGAUUAUAGAUCCCUCAUUUAUUUCAUCAGUGAAAGUGUGACUUAACAUUUUACAGUUUAAAGUCCCACUCUUCCAAAGAAUUUUGGAUAGUGUGUUUGGUGUGUCCUUCCCUUUCCCCAAAUCUAUAUAACUGCCUUAUACCUUGUCAGCAAACAUAGCCCAGUGUUGUCUAUUCUGGCUGAAUGACUCUCUCCUGGGUCCUGGGGCAGGGACCUUUCACAACAGAUCCUUUGAACUAGAGUUGAAACAUAAAAACCAUGUGAGAUUAACCAGCUGAGAAAUAGUGACUGGCUCAUGGUCCAUGGUUGAAUGGGGAUUUGAGCUCAAAACUUCCUUGUUCUGUGCUAGCUGCUAUGAACAAAUGCUGGUUUGUUGGUAAUACCAAAUUAGCUAAAUCUGUGGGAGACUGUAAGGUAAUAGAAGCAUCCAGCUAUGUUGAAAGAAGAGGGUGGCAGAUGGAAUUGUUUGUUAGGACAAAAUUAUUCACGUUUGUAAUUAUGCUUACAUAGCAUAAAGCACAGAAUAUAAUAGAGUAGGAGAAGACAAGAGUGCCUUCUGUGCAAUGGAAAACUAGACAUUGACAGUGCUGUUUUUCUAGAAAAAGAGAUGCCAGAAUUCACCAUGAAUGCCUCCCUUGUUCACUUCUAAUGGCAAUGGAGCGCACCUGAGAGGUGCCAGAACUGAGUUGCAGUGAGUUCCGGCUGAAAAAAAGCUCUGGGUACUGGCAUUCUCCCUCUUAAACCUCCCCGCCCCCUCAAAAGUAAUGUGGAACAGAUUUGAAAAGUGAUGUUACAUCUUAUUUUAUGGACUGUGAUCCAUGCAAGUUUCCACAAUGCGUUUCUUUUUAUGGUGCCACCAGACUUUUGUUUGUUUUCCCUGCAAGAUGGCUAGGACAUGGAUAAUUCUCUCUAGGGAAAGCAGUAAUGGAAGUUAGAAACAUCACUGUCAAUUAGGAUUGGGGAUCAGGGCAUCCAGCCAAAUGUAUUGUUGCCCUUCAUCCUCACCACCAAAAGGCAGAAGAAUGGAUACCAGGGGAUGGAAUAUAGGAUUUAGUGUGCACUUCCUUAUAAAACCAGAAUAGGGUUCCAUGCUAAAUGGACCACUUCUUUGAUUCAAGCAAAGCUGUUCUGUUUUCAUUUUUUGUUUUUAUGCCGAAAGAGUGAAGUGCCUUAUUCAGAGACUCAUGACAGGCAAUUUGAAAGAUACUAAAUUAUUUCUGUGUGUGUGCCAUCAGCACAUACAGAACAUCCACAGUGAUAGCCCUACAAUGAAUGAUCAUACCAUAGGUUGCCAUAUGCUAAAGUGGAUUAGCAUCCUGACUUUUACCUAUCAGAAUGAAUUUUACUGCACUAAGAGCUGGGUUGCACUAGGUAGUGGCACCUAUACAAGGACCUCUAUGUGGAGAUGAAAUUUGAUAGAACUGCCAUCUCUGUGUGGCAAACUGAAAGUGUGGAUGUUUCAUGAGGACCACUAGCUAGUGUGAAUUGGCUGUUGUCUGAGGGUAAAUGUAACCAUUCUAUGAGUCAACUAAUCCCAGUUGGAUGGUCUUGAUUAUGUGCUCUGAGACUCCAUUGUGCCUGUGUGAUUAGAUUCCCACCCUCCCCAUAGAGUUUUCUAUCACCAACUGUGUCCUAGUUGUCAUCUAAAGUGUUGCUUCUUGUGAAAUAUUUUUCCUUAAAAAAUCUACCUGUGCUUAAUUGGAGCUCCCAAUGCGAGGACUACUGCAUUCAGAGCACCACUGCUGAGUGAUUAACAUACUGUCUCCUCCAAUUUGAUUAUAUAGGUGGAAUCUUGAAAUAUUAUUGCACAUUGCUAAAAUGCAAUACAAAUUUUAAAAAUUACCUUUGGGGUGCAUGUGCAUAGGCUGCUUUAAUUCAAUCACCUAAAGAAAUCAUAGACAUGUGACAAAAUUAUUUAUCAUGAUAUCACAGCCCAUCGUUUGGGUUCUGUGAGGCUCUCCAUGCCCAAAUACCUGUUGGAAAAUCAGUGUAUUGUUUAAUCACAUUUGUCUUUCUCCAAGUUGUGGCCCACUUUUCUUGCCUCUUGCUUUGGUAAACUGCAUGAAAAAAACAGUGACUGACAUCUUUAUGGCAAAGCUGCUUUCUUAGGAUGAUCUUCUUUUAGGGCAGUGGUACCCAGAAAGAUUGGGUAAUGCUGGUGCAACUUGCAGCACACAGCCUCUUUGAUUUUCUACCUUGCCUUUGGGACAGGGAGGAAGCCCUGAAAAAGUAGGAAGCCAGAAACAGUUUCCUGGCAAGUACACAGUAGCGUAGCAUGAAAAGUCUACAGGCACAGCUGUGUCAAUUGAUGGAGCAGCAAAGGAUCCACACACUUGUAUUCAGAUGCAUUAUAUAAAGAGAAAUAACCUGUGUGACUUCAAGAUGGCUUCAGUAAACCAAAUUACGGUAUGUGUGUUUCAAAGCCCAGAUUUUAUAUUAUAGCACUUGUUGAAUCUGCCCUAUUAAAAAUGGGCACUCUUUGUCAUUUUUUAAAAGCCACUAGUUAAUUUUGUUGUAAAUACGUCAUUUAAAUACAUUAGCAUUAAAUACAGGGAUUACUUUUAGUAUGUGAUCCAAUAGGAGCUAUAUUUUUUGGCAAACCAAUUAUACCCAUAUUUAGAAUAGUCCUGUUGGUGGAAAGUGGUGGUCGUGCCUGUACAGAAAUGUAUUCAUUCUGCACUUGGCAGUAUGAUCCCAAUCUGUGUUAGACAACAAGGGAAGGGUCUUCCAAUUACACAGUGGCUAAGUUUAUGAAUGCGCUAGAAAACUCUACUAUGCACACCCUUUGAACUUAAUAGCAGUUGUUGUGCAGAUGCAUUAGAGUCCUUGCAGAGUUGCCUUCAUUUUAGCACAACUUAAACAGGGAAAGGUCUCAGUGGUUUUUAGCCCCUUGUCUCCUAUGAGGAUUGAGGGAUGGUUGCUCCCACUCUGCAGUAUUGCUAGAGGAUAAUUAUAAAAUUAGUUAUCUGUGUUAAUAUAGACUUGCAAUGGAAGUAGAGAUACUGAGUAGCUGAAACUAAUAGGUGAAUUUUAAAAAACAAAUUUAAGUCAAAAGCCAUCUUUUUUGGGGUGGGGGGUUCAUGUAAGUAAAUGCAGUUUUAAAUGACAAAUGGGCAGUUCUUCCAGAUAUAGUUCCUGAAUGCCCUCUUCAGAAAAGUUUUAUUAAACUGAAAAUUUGUGUUGAGUUAAGUUGCUGAAGAAAUGAGCAGAAGCGGUAUCCCUUUUCUAGGAUGGAAAUGUUCAUAUUAAAAGGGGUGUGGGAAAACUGUGGUUGCAAUUGACUUUUACUUAUGCUGCAUUCUUCCACCGUCCCAAGCACUUUGGCAUUCUUGCACUGAAUGGUUUGAUUCAGACAUAACACAACUCUGUGUAUAAAGCCAAGAUAUGCAUGGGCCUUGUCCUCACUGCCCUUUCUUUGCUUCCUUCCUCUUCAUACUUGAGUUAGUCAUAGUUUCCUCUUACAUCUAAAGUGGUAAACUAUAGGUCCUAAAAUUGGAACAAGGUUUGAAGCUCUUGGUUUGUCCUGAGCUUUGUAACUAUAGCUUCCCCCUUUCAGACAUAAUGGGAACCUAUGGUUAAUUAACCUAGGUAGUCUUCAAUGUUAUGUCGGAACCAGACCAUUGCCUAGUUUACAUUUUUGAACCUGUUUGGGCAUGUGCCUGGCUGUGAAUUUCAAAACCUGGAAAAAGCAUCAUGUGACAGCAAAUUACGCAGUGUUUAAAUACAUGCUAUUUGAGGGUACAGCAUUUUCUUACAGAUUUAAAGUCACAAAAAAGUCCUACCCACUUCAACCCUGUUGUUAACGUUAUAACAUUCAUUUCUCAAAACAUUGUGGAUUUGUAUCAUAUUGUAUUUAUUUUGUUCAGGUUGUCUUCCUUUUUUUAAAAAAAAGUUUUCUUUUAAGGCUCUGUAUAUAUUGACAUUAAAGUUUGUGUUGUAUUACAUUCUACUUAAGGAUGUAGCCGGUAUUGUAUUACAUAGUAUGUUGUUCUUGCAUCCAUGCUGCUAAAGAUAGUGUAUGCUUUCUCUCUCUGAAUCAUGACAUAUGCCAAAGACA